AUGUCAGACAACAUAAAUCGAGAUCUUGUCCAAUGGCUGGAGCCAAGAAUAUUCCUUCUCACAGAAGAAAAGAUGCAAAAGGCGCAUUUUUAUUAUCAGUGGUCAUCUAAUAACCGUGAUAAUCCCCGUAAACCUUAUCAACAUAUGACAACACUCCAUCAAUACCUGCAAAAUAUUGGGGAGUAUCUUCUAGAAACCGAAGAAAGCGAAUUUGAAUAUGUUCCGAAGAAUGUGCUUUGCUCGGCUAUUGAUGUUUUGGUUACAAGUGCUUCUGGUAAUGAAUUAUCAAAGGCCAAAUUAUAUUGUGAUCUCUUUAAUGAACUUACCGAUCAAGCAAAUAGCGCAAAUAAAGCUUUUUAUGAUGAAUGUGAUAGAGCAGCCGCUGAUGCAGCUGCUCAAAAUCAAAAUCGUCCAAAUCGAAGUAAUGAUCGUGACGAGGACGAAUUUGAUAUUGAUUCAUUUAUUGGUGGAUUUGAAGAUGCUAAAAUCAUGUCUGAUGAAGUAUCAAAAUUAACUGGAAAACCAUCUAGUACAUUGGUGAUGUCAACAGGUGUUAUUGGCCAAAAUUUACCAAUUGAUAAAAUCACAAAAGGAAUCCAUCAAGUUUAUCAACAAGCAACUACUGAAACUCAUGAUGGUUGGAUGGAGGCAGCUGAAAUCUUUCAUGACAACUGA